GUUGGGAAAUUCGCGCAGUCCUGUUCGCUCUAUUUACUAUUAACACGCGCGUCGACUCGAGCGCGCCAACGUGUCCUCCCAGACACACGGGAAAUGAGAAUGGCUUGGCGAGCGGAGCUGCGCAAAGUAUCUCGCUCGAUAUCAUUCGCAUUAGCGCCAUGAACGCCUUCUCGAGCGCACUCAGAGCUGCAUCGAGCGCUCGCGCCGUGGGAGCCGCGCCGCCGAGUCUGUCGCGCCUUCGUCGAUUAUUGCCAGGCCGGGGCAGCCAAUUAACGCUUUGUCGCGCUUGGUCGAGGUGGACCCGGAGUGCAAGCGGUGCGCGGAACGCGUAUUCGACAUCGGCGCAAAGCGAGGCAACGCCAGCGAGUUUGCAGACGGACGCCGACAACAGGUCGUCGAUCAUGACGGAAGCGAGCGGGGAUCAAGUCUUGGCGGAGGCCCUCAAGGAACAGGGAAUCGAUUACAUGUUCGGCAUAAUGGGCCACCCGGUGAUCGAGCUUGCCGUAAUAGCGCAAGCCACGGGCAUCCGCUACCUAGGAUUCAGAAACGAGCAGGCCGCCUGUUACGCAGCUCAAGCCUACGGAUAUCUCGCCAAGAAACCAGCGGCAGUGCUAUGCGUCUCAGGACCAGGAGUUCUCCAUGCACUCGGUGGAAUGGCAAACGCUCAAGUCAACUGUUGGCCAGUAUUAGUGCUCGGGGGUUCGUGUCCACAGGAUCACGAGGGUAUAGGCGGCUUUCAGGAGUGGAACCAGGUAGAGGCAAGUCGGCCUUACUGCAAGUACGCGGCCAGACCCCCAUCGGCCGCUCUCAUCCCUAUGCACGUUGAGAAAGCCAUUAGACUUGCGACCUACGGGCGCCCAGGUGCCGCCUACCUGGACUUGCCGGCGACUUUGUUGAAGCAACGCGUCGACCAGGAAAGAGUGGCGAGAGUGAUGCGGGUGCCGCCGCCACCGCUGGCUUAUCCGGAUGUCGAGCUCGUCGAGCGAGCCGCCGAUCUGAUCGUACGCGCUAAGAAGCCCCUCGUGGUCGUCGGAAAAGGCGCUGCGUACGCGCGAGCGGAUUCGCAGGUCCGCGAGCUGAUCGAUGCGACUGGGCUGCCCUUCUUACCAACGCCGAUGGGUAAGGGUGUCGUGCCCGACGACGAUCCACACUGCGUGUCCAGCGCCCGAUCGGCCGCUCUUCAGCGGACCGACGUCGUCGUACUCCUCGGUGCCAGGCUCAAUUGGAUGUUGCAUUUUGGACGACCGCCUAGGUAUCAGCCUGAUGUCAAAUUCAUUCAGGUCGAUAUUUGCGCCGAAGAAUUGUAUAAUUCGGUUUCAUCCGGAGUGGGAAUUCAAGCUGACAUUGGUCCGGCAACUGGAAUGUUGACGAACGUUUUGAGAAGCAAGGGAUACAAUGUGUCAACGAACGAUCCCUGGUGGCAAGAGCUUGCUGCCAAGGGAAAGAAGAAUAAGGAAGUCGUUGACAGGAUGUGCAUGGAUAUAAGAGAACCUCUAAAUUAUUAUGCAGUCUUCAAAAAUAUACAAGAAACAAUUCCAAGUAAUUGUAUAAUAUGUUCAGAAGGAGCAAAUACCAUGGACAUUGGUAGAACCAUAUUGUUGAAUAAUUUACCAAGGCACAGACUUGAUGCUGGUACUUUUGGCACUAUGGGUGUAGGAUUAGGAUAUGCAAUUGCAGCAGCUCUCUACUGUAAAGAUAAUCAUCCUGAAAAAAGAGUUAUUUGUGUCGAAGGUGACAGUGCUUUUGGAUUUUCUGGCAUGGAAAUUGAAACAAUGUUCAGAUACAAGUUACCAAUUAUUGUUAUUGUUGUAAAUAAUAAUGGAAUCUAUGGCGGAUUGGAUAGCAACACAUACAGUGACAUUCAGGCUACUGGAGAUGUACCACCUAACACAUUAACACCUAAUGCACAUUACGAAAAAAUGAUGGAACUAUUUGGGAAAAAAGGAUAUUUUUGUAAAAAUGUUGACCAAAUCAAAAUUGCUUUGAAAGAAUGCUUGGAGGUAAAGGAUGCUCCAAGUCUUAUAAAUAUAAUGAUCAAUCCUCAAGCUGAUCGUAAAGAACAAACUUUUAGUUGGCUUACUGAAUCAAAGCUGUGAUAUGUUAGUGGUCAUCAAUAUUUUUUUAUGCUCUAUAAAAUAAUUUAAUGGUAUUGCUGGUGUACAUGAAGUUGUUUAUAUGGUUGAUUAUUAAA